GCGGAGCUUUUACUCCCCCUUUCCGCCGGACCCGCCAUCUUGCAGUGAACCGCAAACAUGACUAACACAAGAGGAAAAAGGCGAGGAACCCGUUAUAUGUUCUCCAGACCCUUCCGUAAACAUGGUGUUGUUCCUCUCUCUACAUACAUGCGCACCUACAAGAAGGGUGAUAUUGUGGACAUAAAGGGUAUGGGCACAAUUCAAAAAGGCAUGCCCCACAAGUGCUACCACGGCAAGACUGGAAGGAUUUACAAUGUCACUCAGCAUGCUGUAGGAAUUAUUGUAAACAAGCAGAUCAAGGGGAAGAUUCUUGCCAAGAGAAUCAAUGUCCGCGUUGAACAUAUUCGCCACUCAAAGAGCAGAGACAGCUUCCUGCAGCGUGUGAAGGAGAACGAGAACAAGAAAAAGGAAGCCAAGGAGAAAGGAACUUGGGUGGAACUGAAACGUCAGCCCGCUCCACCCAGUGAGGCACAUUUUGUUAAAACCUUUGGCAAAGAACCAGAGCUGCUUGAACCAAUUCCAUACGAAUUCAUGGCAUAAUUGUCUUCUAUUAAAGACCUCUGUUUUUCGGAAAA